AUGUCUGCGCAGUGUUUCUUUCCACAUUUCGCGCUUGCGAACAUCCGAACCCCGUUUUUCAUCUUGAAUUCAGCUUAUGAUGUAUAUCAGUUCCACCACAUUCUGGCGCCGCCUUCGUCUGAUCCUGGAGGCCGUUGGAGCCGCUGCAAGUCGGAUCCUGGUGGAUGCAGUGCAACACAGAUCGCAACCCUCCAAGGGCUGAGAAGUGGAAUGCUGACAUCUCUGAGACAGUUUGAAAGCAAACCGAAGGCAGGGGUGUUCAUCAACUCCUGCUUCGCGCAUUCCCAGAGUGAGCUGCAGGACACAUGGUUCACACCAAAUUCUUCAUCCAUAGAUAACAAGAAAAUUGCAGAGGUGGUAGGUGAUUGGUACUUCGAAAGAGGAGCUGCCGUGGAGAUUGAUUGCGCCUAUCCGUGUGAUUUAACUUGUCGCAACCUUAUACCAAUUGAUAAGGUUAGUUGCUUCCGUGAAAAGAGGUUAACUGUUUUGGCAAAAUAA